AUGCUACCUGAAAAAUCUGCUCAAUUUCAUUUGUACCGUCGUGAUUCGGGAUACGCAGAAAACCCAAACGAAAUAUUGCCUCUUGAUAUUGUUUUACCUGCCAUUGCUUUUGAAAAUAAAAAGGUGCCUUAUCAUCGCGAGGAUGUUUUUGGGAUGAUAAAACCUCCACGAUUUAGUAAUUUCGGUUGCAGCUUCUAUAUAGAUUGGAAAAAUGACAUGAACAAGCUUGAUGAAAAUUCAGAAUCGAUACUUCCUAACGCUAAUACAAGUCCCAAAAUCAAUGCACGUGAUGAGAAAAUCCAAAGUAAAAUUGCCAUUUCUAUGAAACGUAACAUACAAUUUAUCCGUGAGGUUGUUUUCAAAGUACGCACUCUUCAAAGUACUUUAAAAAAGAAAUCUAAUCCACCAGGCAAAGUUAGCCGGCUUCAUAAACAAGUUAACAAAAUUCGCGAGAUUCUCACGCAUCGUUAA